AUGGGGUGCAACAUGUGUGUGGUUCAAAAGCCUGAAGAACAAUACAGAGUCAUGUUCCAGAAGGGUCACAUAAACAACAUGCUGUGCUCUUUCGAUGCUGACGGUCGAUUAAAGGUGAAUGGAAAGGAGCUAUCCCGCCUUUCUGGGGAUCCCACCCUGGACAUACGGGACCCCGUACUGUCCAACAUACUUAGGCGGGGGGCCCGCAGACGGGCAGGCUUAGCGGGAGCCCCUCCAGGGUUAGUGCCAGUGACCAUGGGCAUGGCCGACUGUGUAGACAGCUGCACCCAAACAGACAUUAGCUUCCAGCAUAUGUUGACUCUGGGCAAGAGCAGUCAGCAUCCCUGUGGAGCUCCACCCCCACCUGACCCUCCGCCGUCCCCUCCGCUACCACCACUACUGGAGCCAUAUCUAUUCAAUGAACUCUUUAUAGAGCCUGUGUACUAUGACCCCACUGACUACUUUGAUAUCACUCAGCAUGAAGUGGACAGGCAGGAUGAGCUGGAAUAUGAGGAGGUGGAGUUGUAUAAGUCUCGUCAGCAGGAUAAACUCGGCCUGACAGUUUGUUACAGAACUGAUGAUGAGGAGGACCUCGGGAUCUAUGUAGGAGAGGUGAACCCAAACAGUAUAGCUGCAAUAGAUGGCCGCAUCCGCAAAGGAGACAGAAUACUACAGAUAAAUGGAGUGGACAUCCAAAACAGAGAGGAGGCGGUAGCUAUUCUCACCAGAGAGGACAGCACUAAUGUCUCCCUGCUCCUUGCACGACCCGAGAUAGAGAAUGACAACCAGCUGGACCCAGAUGAGCUGGACCUGGAGCCACUGGACAAUGCUGUGCAUCUGCCCAGCAGUCACGGAAUGAGAAGCAGCGCCUCUAUCUUGGGUGCUGGACCAGGCGGUGUUGCUGGUGGAGGUGUACUAGGUAGUCAUGGUCAAUCAAUAAACAGGGACUCACCUGAUUUGCUCCAGACGGUGUUGAGCAACAGCCAGGAGCUCGACAGUGGGGUGGGACGGACAGAUGAAAGCACACGCUAUGAGGAGUCUUCAGAACAUGACCUUCUGGGAGACGACCACACUAGUGCCUCCAAUACGAAUGCCACCAAUACACCUGGCAGCAUGCGCAAGUUUUUUUCCAACCGAGGGGACACUCCGCCUUUGCUGCACUCUCAAGACCUCCAGUUCAGUACUGACUCUCUCUUAGGCCUGGACUGUGUUAAUGGAGGUGGACUGGAACAGGUGGAGCGAUUGGAGAGGGCCUAUAUGGCUGAUCCUGUGAGGAUGAUGAUGCCUGGGCUGACUGAGGAGGAGUGUGAGAGGUACAAAGAGCUCUUGGAAAUCAAGUGUUACUAUGAGAAGAACAGUAACGCUCUCCUGCUACUAGGAGAUCAGGGGCAGUCACAGGAAGAAGGGGGUGUCUCACUUGAUGUGAAUAGGAAUGAGAAUUUGACGCAGCAUGAGAUGGCCCUUCUGGAAGAGGAGCUGCGCCACUUGGAAUUCAAGUGUCGUAACAUCCUGAGGGCGCAGAAGAUGCAACAGCUGCGGGAGCGUUGUCUGAAAGCUUGGCCUCUCGAGGACAAGAAUGGAGCGAGUGCAGGGGCUGGAGUAGGAGCUGGACGCUUGGACAUUAGUGGUACUUUAGUCAGUGAGGAAUCAUGUCACCAUGCUCUGUCAGAUAUCAAUGAGCUCCCAGAGAGGGAGCGCUCAGAUAAGGACAGUACGAGUGCCUACAACACAGGAGGGGAAAGCUGCAGGAGCACCCCUCUGGUCAGUGAACAGUACCCUUCACACUCCACACAGAGCCUGGAAAGAGGAGAAUCUCUUCUCUCAAUGGGUAUGCAGCUUCAAACCUCCACCAGGCAAAGACAGAGAGGAACCAGGGCUGAUAGAGGGGAUGGAGCACAAGCAAACCUCAACAAACCCUACUCUCCCCACAGUCACAGGAAAGCAGCUGAGGGUAAGACGUCCAGCCCAGGAGCUAAAGUUAGAUCCCUGUCCAGGGAUGGAGGAACCAGGAGGGGCUCGGAUGGAGGAGUGAGACGUAACCCGAAAGGCAAUGGAACAGCUGAGAGGGCUGGUGGGCGCAGUGCAGAGAACAGCCCUUAUCUGUCCCGUCGUCAGCCUGAAACAAAGCUGCCCCAACGCUACCUGAGCUGCAUGCAGUUGAGGUCUCCCUCCACGUCUGAGCGAUUUGCUGGACUCAGAGAAGGCAGCAUGGAGACUGAGGGCGAUGCCAGCCCAAUGAGUUUGGGUAGCACAUGUAAAGAUGUUUCCCAGGUCCCAAGUGCUCUACCCAUACCCUUGUCCCCUCCACUUCUGCCUGCCUCUCCUCGUAUGGAGUGGAAGGUGAAGAUCCGUAGCGAUGGUUCACGCUACGUGGCAAAACGGCCUGUGAGGGAUCGCCUCCUGAAGGCACGUGCCAUGAAGAUCAGAGAGGAGCGCAGCGGCAUGACAACAGAUGAUGAUGCAGUGAGUGAAAUGAAGAUGGGCCGUUACUGGAGCAAAGAGGAGCGCAAGCAGCAGCUCCUUAAGGCCCGAGAGCAGAGGCGGCGCAGGGAGUUCAUGAUGCAGAGCCGCCUCGGCUGUCUGAGAGAGCGUGAGAGGGAGCAGGGCAGCAGCAAUGGAGGACAGCAGGGGUCAACAAACCAGCAGGAGCCCACCUCCAUCCUGGAGCUCUGCCACCGCAGGAGCAUGAAGAAGCGCAGUCGCAGAAUCCUGGACAACUGGAUAACUAUACAGGAACUACUGGCCCAUGGGACCAGGUCUGUUGAUGGGAAGAAAGUCUAUAACCCACUGCUGUCUGUCACCACCGUGUGA